AGCGUAGGUUUUCUAUGUUAGACAGCAGUAACUCUUGGAGCAUUUUGGAUGAUGUAACUCCAUAUUUGCAGUCUGAGUAUGUAUUUAAGACCAAUUAUAAGGUGUACUUUUGAACAGCUGUCUUGCUACUGUAGCUUUAAACAUCAGUUAGCUCUCCUCACUGACUGAAUCAACCUCUCCUUGUCCUGUUAAGGUGCUUCUGAGAGGCAUGAAUGACUUUGCAGUUCUCAACACGGGGCGUAAGAUGCCCCUCAUUGGAUUGGGAACAUGGAAGAGUGAGCCUGGACAGGUAAGAUUCUCUUUUAUUCUUUGAUAAUAUUCAACCCUUUAAAGAAAAAACCUGCAUUUUUAAUCUCAUCUCUUUCAGAUGAAUGUCGUAAAACAGGCAGCAAAGCUCUCUGAUUUGUGUCCCUGCUCAUUUAAGCAUUUCCCUUAUCCUAAAGCCAAAGAAAUAUUGAAAUAUAUACACGCUAAAACUGCACCUAUCAAUGUUUUAAUAAUAAAUAUGGUCUGCUGACUGUGUGUUCUGACAUCAAGUGUUGCUGGCUGUGAUGUAAACACUGUCUGUAUGCUUGAGAUUUGUGCAUACAACAGUAACUUACAGCAACUAAAUUUGUGAUUUCCCUUUUUCCGUGUCAGACAGUGAAUGUAAAAAAUUAAAGCCUGAUCAUUUUUGGCCAUGCCUGCAGGUCUGCUUGUGCCACUCCUCAGUCAGUGUUAAAAUUAGACUUCUACUAUUUCAUGUUAAAAGGUGAAACAAGCAGUUCUUUGGGCGUUGGAGGCUGGGUAUCGCCACAUUGACUGUGCAGCGAUCUAUGGCAAUGAAGUGGAGAUUGGAGAAGCCUUACAGGAGACAUUUGGCCCAGGGAAGGUAAAACUGCUUCAACAAAUGGUAUUUCUGCAUCAAUGUGUGAUUUUUUUCGGUCAAUAAUCAAAAGGUAUAGGUCCAGAUUAAUCUUACAAAGGUUCAGUCAUUACUUAGCCGGAUGUCUCAUUGUUUGCUCUGCCUGUACUUGCUGUAUAUUUGGAUUGUUACACUUACAUGUAACUCAUUAUAUCUCACAUUUUGUCUGUGCUGUAGUCCAUGAGACGAGAGGAUGUGUUUGUCACAUCCAAACUGUGGAACAACAAACAUCACCCAGAAGACGUGGAGCCCGCUCUGCUGAAGACUCUGAAGGACCUGAAGCUUGAAUACCUGGACCUCUACCUCAUUCACUGGCCCUAUGCCUUCCAGUGAGCUACUACUUCAUGACUAAUUCACUACCCAAACACAACAUUCAGCUUUACUUGGGAUAAGAAAUAAUGCCAUUAUAAACAAGAGCCAAACAAAUAUGGGCCUUUUUCGAUCAAUGUACAAUUUAAGAGGGCAAAAAAUCCCCAUUUAUCAACAUGGCGGCCUUUGUAGGGAUUGUUUUAGCUGAGUUUCACCCAAAUGACAGUUAAAGUUACUGAGAAGGCUUCUUUUAUCAGAGCAUAGAGGCACUUAUAAUCUUAUGCUGACAUUAUCAGACCACUACUGAAUAUUGUUAUCAUAGACUGUAUAUAGAAUGGACGCAGUCUGUCUCCUCGCUGGGUGACGCCACUCCGAGAACAGCACCCUCUGUUGAUGGGCUGCAGUACAGGUCAUAAAUCCUACCUCCUCCAGCAAUCCUUAUGGAGCUGUGGACAAACUUAAGAAAUUUAUUACACAGAAUAUACAUUUUUCUCCCCCCUGGUUGCAAUGUUGACAUGGAGUUACUGUAAGACUGGUUUGGGCUUAAGUACUCUUUUUUUCUGUGAAGCUCCAUUUUUAAAAGUUAUUAGGGGGUUCGUGUUUUCUAUGGUUGACACUUGAUACAAAGAUUGCGAAGCUCACCGGGGAAUACGCUGUUUGAGCUGAGCCUCAUCACAGCGACUCUCGGUGACUCCCCCCUCCGAAUGCGCACAAUGCUACUACGCAAGUGGUGGUUCCAGGAAGUGGAGAAAAUCCCUGAAUUACUGAGGGCAAUUCGGCUUCAAAUUUGUAUCAUGACAGAAGGCGGAGUCAGUCCAUAACGUAUUCAGUGUAUGGCUGUUAUUCAAUUCUUGUUGUGAAUACCCGUAGCUCAGCUGUGACGCUCUCCUCCUACAGAGAGUGCAGCAAAAAUAUUCACACUGAUACAGUUUAAAUGGGACAUAGCCACAGCUGAAGAUGAAGAUUUAUUAAUAAAAGCCAAAAGCCCCAGUGAUAUUUUUGACAAAAAUUAAGUCGUCAAAUAAAUAUAGGUGUAUAGCUCCAUAUGUAACCUCAAAAAACAAAACAAAAAUAAAAAUAAAAAACUUUACAGGUUAAAAUGCUGAAGGACUUAAUGAAAGGCAGUCUGUUUCUUUUCCAUCUGUUUGUCCAUGGCUGUUCUUAUUAAGCUGUCUUGUUAAUGUGGCUUGCUUUCUCUCUUUUUCUCACAGACAAGGAGAUGUUCCUUUUCCCAAAAAAGAGGACGGCACUUUACUGUAUGACAACAUAGACUACAAGCAGACCUGGGCUGCCAUGGAGAAACUUGUGGGGAAAGGCCUCGUCAGAUCCAUUGGUCUGUCUAACUUCAACAGCCGACAGAUUGAUGACAUCCUGUCCGUGGCCAGCAUCAAACCCACUGUCCUGCAGGUAAGUGAAAGAAAUGUGAACAUACCUCAGGUUGAGUGCUCUGACAGCUACAGGUGAAACUGAUUCCUCUUUAUUUUGCUCUGGUAGGUAGAGGGUCACCCCUAUCUGGCCCAGGUAGAGCUUCUGGCCCACUGUCGUGACCGGGGCCUGGUGAUGACAGCCUACAGCCCUCUGGGUUCUCCAGACCGGGCCUGGAAACAUCCUGAUGAACCUGUUCUGCUUCAGGAACCAGUGCUCACUGCUCUAGCAGAGAAAUAUAAAAAGUCUCCUGCCCAGAUUAUUUUGAGGUAACAGUUUACAGAGCAGGGUGUUUUGUGUUGUCUCACUGUGGGUGUUUUGUAGCCAUCGUUUAUUUCAUAGGCUAUUUCAGAAAGGAAGUCUUAAAGGAAAAAGUCCCUAUCUUGAUUUUGAAACACUGACACUUUCAGACCCAUUUGAGGACCAACAACAGCCAAACAUCAACAUUCACAUGUAUGCAUCAAAUUCAGCAUCUUCAGUUUAUUUACUUGCUGCAUUUGAAUUCCAUAGUAGUUGUUGGGAGGGAAUCCAUGAAAAAAGUACAAAGAUGGAACUUAACAUUAAAGUGAGUGUCACUUAAACCCAGAUUGGAAUAUGACAGGAGCUUUACACUUAAGUGGGUGUUUUUUGUAUUUGCAGGUGGCAGACACAAAGAGGUGUGGUAACAAUCCCGAAGAGUGUGACAGAAUCCCGAAUCAAAGAGAACAUUCAGGUGAAAGAAAUCUCAGUCACUGCAGCCUUUGUCCACAACAUCUUGAUCUUAAACUUAAUUCAGUUAUUGAAAGUUAAAGACUUGGUUUUUCUCAGCAACCCUUGUUUGGAAAAGUGUUGAAUUAAUAUUUUGUCGAUUGUGUGAUUUCAGGUGUUUGACUUUACCCUCGAAGCAGAGGAAAUGAAAAGUAUGACAGCGUUAAACAAAGGGUGGCGCUACAUUGUGCCAAUGAUCACAGUGAGUGGGUUUUGUGUAGUCUACUUGUUUAAUGGACACUGUUGAAUUUUGUUUUCAAUGUUAACAUAGAAAUGACCACAAAUCUGGAUUAGAAGUCACACAAAUAUGUAUGCAUUUUGUGUUUGGGGGGACUGUCACAGGUAAGGUUCAACUCUGCUCUAGCAUUUAGGUUUUUCAGUAAUGCUCAGAUUCUAUGGAGAUGUGUAGCUCUUUUAAGAAACAUCAUUUAUUGCCACCCUGCCAGUUUCAAGUCUAGCACAGCCUAUGGCAGCAGUGAUAGCUGUGAGGUACAGACGGCUCACUGCCUGCAUCCAUUUUUCUAGACUUGACACUCAUCUCUACUAAGGACUUGUUUUAGACUAAGGAGUCCUUUCAAUCAAACCAGCUCUCCACAAAGUUUAAACGGGGCCACGGGGCGAACACACCGAGGCAUUAUUGUUGUACUGUGGAUUUUUUCUUAAAGGGAUAUUCCGGCGUAAAAUUAAGUAAGGGUCAAACACACUAUUACACUGAGUUAGACACCCCGUCGAAAGAUUAUCGUUGCUGACCCCUUGCUCCUCUAGUUAUACCAACUUUAGUAAUGACCGCACGGUGGGAAUACACAGCAGUCCCAGGAGCCAUGUGCUCAACCAAAAAGCCACUCUAUAGCCGUAAUUAAUGCUCAGAACAGCACCUAACUUCAUUAACAGUACAUAUAGGGUGCCAGCCAUAGUACUAACCACCAAACAUCUCUUUAGCUUUGCCUAAUUUCUUUAGCAAAGAGACCAAACACAACUUACCUUCUCUCUUCCAGCAGCCACUUGUUUGUACAGAGACCUCCGGCAGGUCCAUCGACUACAGCGGGGUGACGCAGCUCAAGGAAGAACAUUUAUGAUUAUUACUUCAUGGAAAUGUAAUCAGGCCUAGACACUAAAGCAGAAGAACUACCAUGUCUGCAGUGCAUAAUGAUAUUAAUGAUGAUUAUUACUUAAAGGAAGUUAUAAAGCAAUGAUCAUAAAUGUUCUUCCUCAAGUUGCAUCACCCCGCAGCAGUUGGUGGACUCGCCUGGAGGUCUCCGUACAGACAAGCGGCGGCUGGAAGUGAGUAGGUGAGUUGUGUUUAGUCUCUUUGCUAAAAAAAUCAGGCAAAGAUAAAAAAAAAUGUUUGGUGGCGAGUGCUGUGACUGGGACCCUAUAUGUACUGCUGAUGAAGUUGUUCUGAGCAUUAUUUGUGGCUAUAGAGUUGCUUUUUGGUUCGGCACAUGGCUCUCUGUAUUGCUAUUGUGCGGUCGUUACUGAAGUUGAUAUAACUAGAGAAGGAAGCGGUCGGCAAAUUCAUCGCUCGAGGGGGUGUCUAACUCGGUGUUACAGUGUGUUUGACCCUAACUUUAUUUUACGGCAGAAUAUCCCUUUAAUUCUCUUCCGGACAAAUUUCGAUUUCUCACUAGUCCUACAGUUUGAAGAGUUGGACAAAUUAUAUAUCAAAACGUGGUUUGGUUUGGUGUGCUCUAAAAAAAAUAAUAAAAAUUUAUAUAUAUAUAUCACAGCAGUAUUAAUAGUAAUAAUAUAUACACACGUGGACAAAAUUGUUGGUACCCCUUAGUUAAAGAAGGAAAAACCCACAAUUCUCACUGAAAUCACUUGAAACCUACAAAAGUAACAAUAAAUAAAAAUGUAUUGAAAAUUAAAUAAUCAAAAUCAGCCAUUACGUUUGAAAUGUUGAUUAACAUAAUUAUUUAAAAAAAACAAACUAAUGAAAUAGGGCUGGACAAAAAUGAUGGUACCUCUAUAAAAGAUUGAAAACUAUUUGACCAGAGUGACAUGAUUAACUCAGGUGUGUCCUUUAAUUGACAUCACAGGUGUUUCCAAACUCAUAAUCAGUCAGUCUGCCUAUUUAAAGGGAGACAAGUAGUCACUCUGCUGUUUGGUGAAAAGGUGUGUACCACACUGAACAUGGACAACAGAAAGCGAAGGAGAGAAUUGUCCCAGGACAUCCGAAAAAAAAUUAUAGACAAACAUCUUAAAGGUGCAGGCUAUAAGACCAUCUCUAAACAGCUUGAAGUUCCUGUGACAACAGUGGCUCAUAUUAUUCAGAAGUUCAAGACCCACGGGACAGUAGCCAACCUCCCUGGACGUGGCCGCAAGAGGAAAAUUGAUGACAGAUUGAAGAGACAGAUCGUUCGAAUUGUAUCCAAAGAGCCCAGGACAACCUCCAAAGAAAUUAAAGGUGAACUCCAAGGCCAAGGUACAUCAGUGUCAGAUCGCACCAUUCGUCGUCGUUUGAGCCAAAGUGGACUUCAUGGGAGACGACCAAGGAGGACACCACUGCUGAAAAAAAAUCAUAAAAAAGCGAGACUGGAAUUUGCAAAAAUGCAUGUUGACAAGCCACAAAGCUUCUGGGAGAAUGUCCUUUGGACAGAUGAGACCAAACUGGAGCUUUUUGGUAAGGCACAUCAACUCUAUGUUCAUAGACUCAAAAACCAAGCAUACGAAGAAAAGAACACUGUCCCUACGGUGAAACAUGGAGGAGGCUCAGCAAUGUUUUGGGGCUGCUUUGCUGCAUCUGGCACAGGGUGUCUUGAAUGUGUGCAAGGUAAAAUGAAAUCUGACGACUAUCAAGGCAUUCUGGAGAGAAAUGUGCUGCCUAGUGUCAGAAAGCUUGGUCUCAGUCGCAGGUCAUGGGUCUUCCAACAGGACAACGAUCCAAAACACACAGCCAAAAACACCCAAGAAUGGCUGAGAGAAAAGCGUUGGACUAUUCUAAAGUGGCCUUCCAUGAGCCCAGAUCUGAAUCCCAUUGAACAUCUGUGGAAGGAGCUGAAACAUGCCAUUUGGAGAAGACACCCAUCAAACCUGAGACAACUGGAGCAGUUUGCUCAUGAGGAGUGGGCCAAAAUACCUGUUGACAGCUGCAGAACGCUCAUUGACAAAUACAGAAAUCGUUUAAUUGCAGUGAUUGCCUCAAAAGGUUGUGCAACAAAAUAUUAAGUUAUGGGUACCAUCAUUUUUGUCCAGCCCUAUUUCAUUAGUUUGUUUUUUUUAAAUAAUUAUGUUAAUCAACAAUUCAAAAGUAAUGGCUGAUUUUGAUUAUUUAAUUUUCAAUAAAUUUUUAUUUAUUGUUACUUUUGUAGGUUUCAAGUGAUUUCAGUGAGAAUUGUGGGUUUUUCCUUCUUUAACUGAGGGGUACCAACAAUUUUGUCCACGUGUGUAUCUCUGAAGAAUCUCAUCAUAAUGUACACACCCAGGCAGUAGCACCGUAGCUUUUUUAAAGUUUCUCAGAGGGAAUUCUCUUGUCACUUCAAUAGUGCACCACAGUUUUCUUAAAAUGCAGUGUAUACCAAAAUUUAGGGUAAUUAUACAGCUUACCUUACUUUUGAAACAAACAAAUGUUUGGUCAUUACAGAGAAAGUAUGACUUUAUUUAAAGUAUUUUCCCAUUGUGGUUAAUACAACAGCAUGACAGCAACUGAGAACAAAGUAUUAACUGCUUUUUCAAUGGUGCAGGUGGACGGACAACGUGUCCCCAGGGAUGCAGGACAUCCUCACUAUCCUUUCAACGAUCCAUACUGAUCACUCCAACAACAACCUGAAUUUGUGCCUUCAACCAGCCCCACACACACAAUAACCACCCCUCACAUCAUAUAUAAAUGUUCUUGAAUUGCAGCAUCAGAGUUUGUCCUUAGAUUGUGUCAAAUCAGCACUUAUCAUUCAAACAUUUGAAGUUAUUGUUAGUGAUCAAAACUGGGAAAUCUGGUCAGACUUUAAACAUACUGUAUGUGUUAUUUUUUAAAUAAAAAUUUUGUUACUUCACGAGUAGAGAUCUUUAUUUGGCAGGGUGAUUUUGAGGCAAAAUUUUACUUUUUUACAUGAUAAUAACAUUUUAAAGAAAUAUGGAGUCAACUGUUAAGUAUUUGGAACAGUCUAUAGUUUCCAGGAUUAUGUAGCUGUACGUAUGGCAUCAAUACAUCAAAACAAACUUCCUAAUUUUAAACACUCAGCAGAGGUUUUUGGUAGUUUUAGUGUCUAAAAUAUCAGAUACUAUAAAAUAUCACAUAUCCCAUAAUAACAGAAGUACAAAGGAAUAUUUCAAUGUUGGAGAGGACUUUAAGUUUAUUGUUUUACAGGGUUUAAAGGGGCUGUCAUUAAAUCUACAAGCCCGUAGAUGUCACUUUGUUUGCUGAGUCUGAAGCUUCAAAGCUUGAAGUCUAUUUGGGCACAGAUCUGAAGGAGACCCCAGAGCUUCAUCUAACCAUCAAUACCUAUUCAACCCGGACAACGCAUCUCUUCAUCCUCUCUGUGGGGCAAACACAGACUACUGUUCAAAACUCUUCUUUAUGAAAAGGAAAAGCCAUGAGUCUUGCAUUCCCCGCAUGGUGAUAAAUACACAAGUACAUGAACAUUUCAGUGGUCAAAUGUGAUGAUGGUUUUCAUCAACUCUUCCAAGGUAUCCUCCUCUGUGAAUUUAGGUCUUUGCUUGCUAAUCAACUGUGGAAAGACAAAAGAAAUGAAGAUUAAAUUAUGAGUGAGGAUUAUCUGAAAUUUACAGAGAGGCUUAAAUUUAGGUAAUGAUAGCAAUUUAAAGGCUAAAGGCAGGUAUCUUCCCUGUCAUAUGAUGUAGAAAAGUUGUGCACAAUCAAUCACUCGUGAAAAAAAUAUUUAUGCAAAUCUGUCAGCUGUGUUUUAUACAAACUAGAGCAAUGAAGUUAAAAUGAAACAGUCACGUCAUUUGUAAAGUCAUGAUUUACGGAGAAAGACAACAGUGAUCUCUCAAGAACAGGAACAAUCGAUGUGUCUGUUUGUGCUUUACCUUUUUGGUGUCCUCCAGCGUUGUGUAUCUGUAGUUUGGUGGUUCCAGGCUUCGCACCAGGCUGUAAUGGAGUUCCCGGUUGCGUUCAAUGGAACGCCUGAUCAUGGCAAGUUGCUGUUUUAGGAUUUCAUUGAGUGCAAAUGCAGCUGGAUUGAAGGUGCUGAGAGCUGACAGGGAGACAUCACAGAAUUAGUGCUGUGUUAACACUUUCAAGCACAAAUAUCUGUAACUGAGAUUUUCCUCACUAUGUGGUUAAAGAAAGAAUAUCAGUUAGCUUAACAAUAAUACUGGAAACAAAAGGAAACAGCCGGGUCCAAAUACCAGAACCUCCAUCUCUUGCACAUACAUAGUGACUUCUUGGCUUCCUGACUGAGGUAGUCUCUAAGCCUGACUAGCUGUCUCCUGGCUUUAUCAAUACACUAAACUAAAAGACCUUACCUUCUACCAUGUCUGCACUGAGAGUAUGGGUAACCAUUGGGCUGGGAUGUGUGUAAACUGUGCCCACUGCAGGUCCUAAAGCUGACAUACCUACAAUAGGAUGGGAGACAGAGACAAAAUAAGACAAACAAUGCCAGUAUUGAGUACCUCCACAAUGCAUCUCAACUUCAAACACACUCUUGGUCAAGUAAAUCCUGGUAAGCUGGUGAUGAUAUCAAACUAACCAGCAGCAGGCCCUAUGUGAGCCAGUGGAUCAGGCUGAGUCUGCACUGCAGAGUCUUUGAAAACUUUGUCAGCCGAGGUACGCCUCCUAGACCGUCUGACAUGUGAUACUGAAGAUCUGGAGUCCCUGCUUCUAUUGAAUGUUCGACUUUCAUUUGCAGUCUGUGAGGUGUGAGGGGGACUUGUGCCUGAGAAAGUGCUUGAGUAAUCAUCUUCCGUCUUCCCAUGGGAAACAUGUGAAUCUUCAGUUUUGUCCAUAACCUCUGAUACAAUCUCCUCUUCAUCUCCAUGUGCUUGCAAAUGCUCUGAAACCUGGCUGGCACUGUUAUCUGGCUCUGUCCUGCUCUCACUCUCAAAGUCACUUUGGUAGUCAAGCAUGUCCUCCUGCUUUAGUCUCUGUGGUUGUUGAAAGGAGCUGUUUUUGGCUUUUUCCUGCUUAGGCAAAAGAAGAGAUGCAACAACCUCAAUCAUGGUCAUCAUAAAAAAACACAACACAAAAAUAAUUAGCCUCACUAACAAUGAAUACAUUCUCAAAAGGAUAGCUCAGUUUGCUGCAGGCAGAGGACGACAAACAGAUGAGCUCUCUGACUGCAAAGUAAAGGCAUUGAAAAACUUUUAAAUGGCACAAACUUUUACACUGACAGAGUCUGGGUCAGACUUUCUGAAAAUUAGCCAAGCUGUACAGUAAAUGUGACCCCCUCUGCAGCAGUGUGACAGUUCCAGCGCUGGAAUUGUCACAAUGGGGCUGAACUGGGAUCCCUGUUGGUAAUACACUUAACACUGACAUGCACUUCAUAACUUUACACCGAUCACUUAAUCAACCCAAAGUAGUAAUAAGUAACAGUAUGUAGUACUUUGCGACCUGAAGUUACAUGGUGUCAAUGUAUGGAACAAUGGAAAUGUUGUUGCAAGCCUGUUGAAAUUAGUUAGUUCACCUAACAAGACCAUUUCAAUUUUGUCUGACUACCGUAAGAUUACAACUUUUUAACUGUGUCAUUUUUCAUUAUAUGUACACUACAGGCCAAGAGUUUGGAAGCAAGAUCAGAUUUGUACAAAAAAAUAGUUUCAUUAAUAUAAUUUGCAACACAAUAAACAUGACUAUUGUGUAAAGAGUAACUUAUCAGAAGACAUUUUGACUAUAAUUAUUAGGUAUUUGAGUUAUUGUUGCUUAGACUUUGCUUUCUUUAAAGUAACCUCCUCUGGCUUUAACAACAGCUUGGCAUAUACAAGGUAUUCGGUCCACAAGUUUUUUAAGGUAUGUUCCAGGGAUGCAUUUCAAGCUUUCUUAAGUUCAUUAAAAGGAGACUGCUGAUUCGUGGGACGCAAUUUUCUGACUGAUAGAUCCAAUUCAUCCCACACAAGCUCUAUUGGAGAAAGGUCAGGAGACUGAGGGGGCCAAACCAUUGAAGAACACCUCCCUUUUCUUUUUUUCUCGAGGUAACCCUGACAGAGCUUGGCAGAGUGCUUAGGGUCAUUGUCUUGCUGCAAAACAAACUUAUGAACCACAAGUCUGAGUCCAGAUGGAACAGCAUGGUGCUGGAGGAUGGAAUGGUACUGUUCCUUCCUCAUGAUACCCUUUACUUCAAAAAUAUCUCCUACUCCAUCAUCACCUGCAAAACAUCCCCAUAACAUGGAACUACCACCUCCAUGCUUAAUUGUGGGUGUAACACAUGGUGCUUUCAGACGUUCACCAGUUUGUCUGCAGACAUAGACUCAGCGUUUUGACCCAAACAGUUCAAACUUGCUUUCAUCAGUCCAGAGAACUUGUUUCUAGUCAUCAUAAGUCAAAAUUUUGUGAGCUUUUGUCCACUCAUAUCUCUUUUUCUUGUUCUGUGGACGAAGUAGUGUUUUUUGCAGAUACACAACCCUUCAGACCAGCCUUUCUCAAACGUCAUUUCACAGUUGUCAGAGAUAUGGGUUUCGACUUUGUCAUGUUGAUUUCCUCCCUUAUUUGUGGUGCUGUCUUUUGCCGAUCUCUCUUACUGGUGACAAUGCUAUGUUUAGCCUCUGCUUUUGUAGUAACACUCUUUCGUCCAGGUCUUUUUCUAUCAUCAUAACUUCCAGGUUCCUCUAGUCUCUUCAGAGUGUAAUGGACUCCUUUGUUAAACACCUUUAGGCGUUUUGCAAUUUCUCUUUCUGUGUAUCCUUCUUUUCUCAAUGUACGAAUCUGCACUUUUGUUUCUUUACUCAGUUGCUUCUUUCUAGCCAUUUCUGCAGUAGUUUGAAUGCAGUUGAGAUUUAUUAGGAUUUUUGUAUGCAGACUCUCAAAAGCCAAAAAGUUGAAGUGAAUAAUCCAACCGUGAUUUGCUUUUUUGCUUCUGCACUGAAGUUGUGACUCUUGCAAAUGUUUUCAACCCUAAAACUAAGCCCUUAUUAUCUUUUCCUGGCAUAUAUUUAGCAAUGGUCUAUUAACAUCAAUGUAUAUCUAAAGGUAAAUGGAGUAAAAUGGUGCAUUUCCAUGAAAGCAACAUCUGAUCAUGGAGUAAAUACAUCCCAAAAUACAUACAACUCGUGCUGGAUUUUUUAAAAAAGCAUUGUAAACAAAAACUUGAUGUUACUCCCAACUGUUCGGCCUGUAAUGGCCUUGCUUCCAAACUUUUGGCCUGUAGUGUAACUAUUAAAAUAUUUCUAAAUUAUUUUUGAAUAAAGUACUUUGUAAGUUUUUGCCAGUGCCCACCUCUCUGCCCGGUGUUGCUUCAGUAAAUCCAGGAUCAGCAGGGACUAGAUCAUCUAAUGUCAUCUCAUUUAUCUUGAAGUCUGCAAUAACACAGUCAGGACAGAGUUUACAAAAAAAGAGUACAUAAACAUAUGGAACAGUUUACUUUCAACUGUAUCAGGACUUUGAGGAAAACUAGAAAAACUAGAAAAUGAAGCUGUCAAAACCUCAUAACAUGGAUCUACAUUUAAAAAUGAUACAGGUCAGAAAAUUACAGAUACACUCAAUUUAAGCUCCACAGAAAGUGCCUUGAAUUUGGCAAAAGCUUUUCAGACUCUAAAUACCCUUGUGUCUAGAGGAACUUUGCAGAGGGAUGAUUUAUGUACUUUGCAGUCCAUCUAGGACGCUCAAGAUGGAGGGUGAAAAAAUGUAACAUUAUAAGUGAACACAGGCAUCAUGUUUCCCCUCCUAAAAAAGGGUUCCUCAUCCUGAAUCAUUCAAACAAAUGUUUUGAGAUAAUUGUGGGAAACACUGGAUUCAUAUCAUAAACUGAGAUCUUUCUUAUUGCCCUUUCUAAGCUGCUGAGUUUCUCUCACCUUCAGAGAAAACUUCACUAAUUUCACUUGGAGGAUCUUUAGCGUUUGGCCGGACAUGGAAAAGCUCCUCCAGAGACAUGGCCUGGCUGCGGUCAGACAUGGAGGAGAAGGAUCUCUGUGGGCUGCCUGACCUGUGAGAGUGAUCCUGUCUCCUAGGAGGAGAAGGGGAAAUCUGAGGAGGGGAGGGGGAUGGGGAGAGUGCAGAGGGGCUGAAAUGGGCCUGACCCUGGCCUGUAAAUCGAAAAGGAGAGCUGCGGUGAGAUGGAGAGGCCGGGCAGCAAGGAGGUGCUGGGUUAGGGGACACUGCAGCAGGAGGAUGUGUAGAGUGGACCUUUAGACUGCUUUUGCUCAGCAUCUACAAGACAGGAAGACAGCGCUGCAUUAAUUUAAAAGAACAGUGUUCGUUAACCAAAGAGCUUUUGCAGAUUUCCUUGAGUUACAUGUCAGACACAGGGCUCAUGUGUGACCUAAAACAAAUUCUCUUGUGUCCCACUUGUGUUUACAGAACGUGAAUUUAAAAAGGGCAAACUUCAAGAUCAUGAAUGUAUAUAAAAUAGGCUUGAUAUUUUGGUUUGCAAAGUCAUUCAUCAAAAAAAAUUACUGUAUUGGUGGCCACAGAAACAUUUACAUAUCUGUUUAUCAAGUUUCUAGGCCAACUUUUCAGCUUCAAAGGCAUGUGUCUGAGCAUUUAAUCUUUUUCUCCCAGUUAUUUUAAGGUUUUUUGUGCCUUUAUUUGGAAAACAGAACAGUGGCUAGAGCAGGAGAUAAGGAGAAAGAGCAGGGAGUGACAUGUGGGAAAGAUGGCUAGAGUUGAGCCUGGGUUGUCCCAGGGAGACAUGACUUCAAUACAUAACAUACGGGCUUAAACUGCUUAGCUAGCGUUGAUUAUGACAUGAUGAUUGUUUUGAUGACUGAUAUGAUACUCUAUCACAUUAUUAAGUCAACUGAUCUCUUAAGUACGUACUGCAAAGAGGCAUAUUGAUAAUUAGUGUUAGCUAUUUACAGUAAACACUAUAUAUGCAGAAAGAGAUGGAGACAUAGAUUCUGAAACUGAGUCCAUAGUUAGAGGACAGUGUUGCACCUUCAAACUGCGGUGCUGUUGUUUACAGAUCAUACUUUAUACGGGUCAAUCUGAAGCGAGAGGACAUGGGUAAAGGUUUAACUCAUGACAAUUCAAGGCUUUAAUUCAACAACUUUACACUCUUUCUAGGUCUUUUCCCAGAAACUUGAAAGGAAUUUUUCGGAGUCUUGAAUUAUUUGAAGGGUGUAUACAAUGAUUUGCUCACCAGCCCAAAGCAUCAGGUGAAAAUGCUACAAGCUUGAACCCAGAGGAAAUGAAAAAAUUGCUGAUGUUUAAAGUUGAUUGGUACCUUGUCUGCUUUGCUUGCAGAAGAGGGUCUCCCUGGUUUCAAGAAGCUGCUGUCCAAUGAAUCAAUCGAGUCUCCAAGCAGCUUCUUCAUGUCCUCUUCAUCACUCUCCAGACUCACACCGCUCACUACUCUCACUGUUUUUCUGUCCAAACUUGCCAAAGGGAAAACAUCAGCAGCUCUAGAUCGGGACCUGACACCAGCAUUUGGUUCUCUUGGAGACAAAGCAGCAGUAUUACUCCUGUUAACAGCAUGAGUUGUGGUCUUCUUAAGGAAACGUUUCCCUGGCAGGAUCUGGUCAUUGCUGGACUGUGCUGAGAGUUGCGCAGGGAGCUCCAGGUCUGAAGUUACACUCUCAGGAGGUUCUGCCCCCUGCUUGGAUUGUUCCUGGGCCUGCUUACGACUGCGAAUGCGAUUCUCAAUAUGAGCAAGUCUAUUUAAAGCAGCAUUCUGGGAACUUCGCUGUGAAGACGUCACAUAUCUACCCAGAGGGAUGAGGGUUGAGAAAAACACAUUAGUGAAAGCUGUAAAUAAAGCAUUAAAAAAAA